UACUUAAUCGUUAUUCUUCCAGUAAAAUAUGUCUUCUUAUGGGGAAAGGAUGUCUCGCUCGUUAUUCGUUUCUGGACUUUCCAGGCGAACAACUAUUGAAGAUCUCGAACCUAUUUUUAGAGAAUUUGGUAGACUUAAAGACGUCUAUAUACCAAGGGACUAUUACACCAGGGAACCAAGAGGUUUUGCGUACAUAGAAUAUUAUGAUGAACGUGAUUGCGAAGAGGCUUACAGACACGGAACUGUCAUAUUACAUGGGCGAGAAUUGACUGUAGAAUUUGCACGUGGAUCCAGAAAAACCCCUCGAGAAAUGAGAGGCAAAGAUAAUAGGUAUUCUCCAAUGAGACGGGGAAGAUACGAAAUACCUGAAAAUUCUUACAGACCAAGACGUAGUCGUAGUCCUAGCCCCAAUCGAAAUCGUAGAUCGGGAUUAGAUUAUAGAAAAUAUGAUGGCGAACAUGAUAGAAGACGUUCUGGUCGAUAUCGUUCUCGCUCAAGAUCAUAUUCUCGUUCGCCAUCUGAACGUCGUAGAAGGUCAGAACAAGUUAAUGGUCAUCCUAAAUCUCGUUCCAGAUCUCCUAAUGAUUUACAACCGACAUCAGAAAUGAAGGAUGAAACUACAUAGUUUUUUUUUCUCUCAAUGGAAACUUUUAGGCUUGAUUAUGAAUAAAACGCAAAUUUUUCUUUGAUUAUCUUGCUUGUAACAAUUUUAUGCAUAGUUUGAUACAGGAAAGUAAUUAUCUUCUAUGUGGUUCCACAAAUUAUAUAGCACAAACACUUUUUAAUUGACGCUAUGUCAUUUUCUUUAGUUUGUUAGGUUUAAUUAAUUAUACGUACAAAUCACUUUUUUUAUCUUACUGUAUUGUUACAAAUUUUACAAA